AGCAUAAACACUAAAACCAGAUUCCAUGUAAAGUUGGAAAGUUGUCGCUAGAACAAGCCGAAGAAGCAAAGAAGCAAAGGUAGGAAUUGAUCAGAGCAGAACAGAGGAAGAGUGCGAAGAGAAGGAUCAUCAUUGUGAAUGGCAGAGGGGAGCGGUGACAGAACUCUGCCGAGAAUCGCAGAGGCAUUCAAGGACCUCGCAAGCGUCGUCACCGAUUCGCAGAACGCGGAGGUGAAGGUUGCUCCCUUCUCCCAUGCCUGCUCUCUCGUUUCCCCUCUCUUUGGUUGCUUGGGUGUUGCCUUCAAGUUCGCCGAGAUGGAUUACGUUGCCAAGGUUCAUGAUCUGGCAGAGGCGUCGAAGUCUAUUCAGAGCUUACAGUCUCUGAUUGAUCUGGAUGUCCGAGGUGGCACUGUCAGGAAGGGAGGUAGCCACACGCGGAAUCUGUUGAGAGUGAAGCGCGGACUUGACAUGGUUAGAGUACUCUUUGAGCAGAUUCUAGUUACCGAGGGUAAUUCCCUUAAGGAUCCAGCUUCCAAAGCUUAUGAUCAGGUGUUUGCACCCCACCAUGGUUGGGCAAUCAGGAAGGCUGUUGCUGCUGGAAUGUAUGUCCUUCCUACAAAAGAACAACUUUUGAAGAAGCUCAAUGAAGAUGAAGCGUCAGCAAAAGUUCACAUGCAAAGCUAUGUCACUGCAUCAGCACCUCUAAUCCAAUACAUCGACAAACUCUUUGUUUCCAGAGACUUGGGAAUAGAUUGGUGAAUCUUGGAUUGUAUUUGAGAUUGUACAAUAUGAUUUACUGUUAAUUAUAUGGCAUAAUUCUUGUAUUUAUGAUUACCGAGUAUUCAUUUGUUAUAGAAUUUGUUUAUAUUGCAAUAGAUAUUACAGGCUAUUGAGAUGGUA